CAGCUGGACAGAGAUCGAUGACAUGCUCCGUAAAUCCACCAACCUGUUGUUGACGAGGACACUGAGUGGCUGUCUACAGAACCUCAUCAAGAAACCCCAUAUAGGACUAACUGAGUUAGUCCAGAUCAUCAUCAACACAACCCAUCUGGAGCAGGCCUGUAAAUACCUGGAGGACUUCAUCACCAACAUCACCAACGUCUCACCUGAGACCGUACACACCACGCGGCUCUACGGCCUUUCCACCUUUAAGGAUGCACGUCAUGCAGCGGAGGGAGAGAUCUACACCAAACUCAACCAAAAGAUAGAUGAGUUUAUCCAGCUGGCAGACUAUGAUUGGGGCAUCCGGAGUCAGCGGCCAGGCCAGUGGAUACCUUAUGGACCUCAUCAACUUCCUCCGCAGCACCUUCCAGGUUUUCACACACCUGCCGGUGAGUUAGCCCCCUCCCCCCGCAGGCAGGGGAACUCUGGGAGAUGGAGUUUUGUUGUUGUGUGUUAUUGUGGUAAUUUGUUGUGUUGUUCUUGUACAGUGUUACGUGACGGUGGUGACUCGGUGUUACGUGACGCUGGUGACUUGUAUCUACUGUGGCUCAUUGGGUUUGAGUGACGCUGUUGAUGAUAU